AUGAAAUGCCAUCCCCUCCCUUUUAAUUCUUACCUUCUCUCUCUAAUGAAAUAUCAUCCCCUCCUUUUUAAUUCUUACCUUCUCUCUCUAAUGAAAUGUCAUCCCCUCCCUUUUAAUUCUUACCUUAUCUCUAUAAUGAAAUGUCAUCGCCUCCCUUUUAAUUCUUACCUUCUCUCUCUAAUGAAAUGUCAUCCCCUCCCUUUUAAUUCUUACCUUCUCUCUCUAAUGAAAUGUCAUCCCCUCCCUUUUAAUUCUUACCUUAUCUCUAUAAUGAAAUCUCAUUCCCUCCCUUUUCAUACCUACCUUCUCUCGCUAAUGAAAUGUCAUCACCUCCCUUUUAAUUCUUACCUUCUCUCUCUAAUGAAAUAUCAUCCCGUCCCUUUUCAUACCUACCUUCUCUCUCUAAUGAAAUGCCAUCCCCUCCCUUUUAAUUCUUACCUUCUCUCUCUAAUGAAAUGUCAUCCCCUCCUUUUAAUUCUUACCUUCUCUCUAAUGAAAUAUCAUCCCUCCCUUUUUCGUACCUACCUUCUCUCUCUAAUGAAAUGCCAUCCCCUCCCUUUUAAUUCUUACCUUCUCUCUCUAAUGAAAUAUCAUCCCCCUUUUAAUUCUUACCUUCUCUCUCUAAUGAAAUAUCAUCCCCUCCCUUUUAAUUCUUACCUUAUCUCUAUAAUGAAAUAUCAUUCCCUCUAUUUUUAUUCUUACCUUCUCUCUCUAAUGAAAUAUCAUCCUCUCCCUUUUCAUACCUACCUUCUCUCGCUAAUGAAAUGUCAUCACCUCCCUUUUAAUUCUUACCUUCUCUCUCUAAUGAAAUAUCAUCCCUCCUUUUCAUACCUACCUUCUCUCUCUAAUGAAAUGCCAUCCCUCCUUUUAAUUCUACCUUCUCUCUCUAAUGAAAUGUCAUCCCCUCCCUUUUAA